AUGGCGUACCCUUAUCGCCCGAAAUUUAUAUUCAAAUAUCCGGAGUAUAUCCCUCCAACCGACGAACAGGAUGCGCAGGUUGAUCCUCGCGAGAAGCUCGAGCCUGGUUGCCGGGAGAAAUGCAAGAACUUCACCAAACUUUAUGAUGAAUGCGCUGAACGUGUGAAACAUCGUAACGCUAUAUACAAGGAAGCCGCCAAGGAGGGUCGUGGACUUGAGGUACAAGGCCCAGGCCAAUGCCUCGGGCAGCACUAUGAUGUGGUUAGUUGCGUUGACAAUUGUGUGGCGAAGGAUCUGUUCCGAUAUUUAGUUUGA